AGCGUCGGGAAACACUAGCGACGCCUGCGCUCGUCCCCUCCGCUCCGCUCGGCUCGUCGCUCCUCGCAGGCUGCGUGGCUUCCAGCGGACAAACUUCUCAUGUUGUGUGUGGGUCUCCUCUGUUUCCACGCGUCCACACUUGAGACCGGCUCGCGCCGCAGACCGAUGGCCCAACUACUUCCCGGCGGCCCCGGACUCGACACGGAUCUAAAGUCGGAAAGCUGAUUCCGCUCGGUGGAACCGCAACUUCAAACGCAGCCGAGGACGGAACGAGCCGCGGUCGAGAUAAAGGGAUCCGGGCUCCGCGCCGCUCCUGCCGAGGUUCGAGGCAAGAUGUCGGUCAGCAACCAUGAAAACAGGAAGUCCCGCUCGAGUUCCGGCUCCAUGAACAUCCAGCUGUUCCACAAGACGUCCCACGCCGACAGCCUGCUGACCCAGCUCAACCUGCUGCGCAAGCGCAAGGUCUUCACCGACGCGGUGCUGACGGCCGGCAGCCGCCGCUUCCCGUGUCACCGCGCCGUCCUGGCCUCCUGCAGCCGCUACUUCGAGGCCAUGUUCGGCGGCGGCCUCCGGGAGAGCCGCGACGCCGCCGUCGACUUCCACGACUCCAUCCACCCGGAGGUGCUGGAGCUGCUGCUGGACUACGCCUACUCCGCCCGCGUCAUCAUCAACGAGGAGAACGCCGAGUCGCUCCUCGAGGCCGGGGACAUGCUCCAGUUCCACGACAUCCGGGACGCGGCGGCGGAGUUCCUGGAGAAGAACCUCCACCCGUCCAACUGCCUGGGGAUGAUGCUGCUGUCGGACGCCCACCAGUGCCAGAGGCUGUACGAGCUGUCGUGGAGGAUGUGCCUGGCCAACUUCGCCGCCCUCUUCAGGACGGAGGACUUCCUCCGCCUGCCUAAGGACAAGGUCCAGGAGCUGGUCCUCAGCGAGGAGCUGGAGGUGGAGGACGAGAGCCUGGUGUACGAGGCGGUCAUCGACUGGGUCAAGGCGGACAUGGCGCGGCGGCACGGCGAGCUGCCGGCGCUGCUGCGCUGCGUGCGCCUGGCGCUGCUGCCCGAGAGCUACCUGCUGAAGAACGUGGCCUCCGAGGAGCUGGUGAUGUGCCACAAGGUGGGCCGGGAGGUGGUGGAGGACGCCGUGCGCUGCAAGAUGAAGAUCCUGCAGAACGACGGCAUCGUGACGGGCUUCUGCGCCCGCCCGCGCAAGGUGAGCCAGGCCCUGCUGCUGCUGGGGGGACAGACCUUCAUGUGCGACAAGGUCUACAUGAUCGACAACAAGACCAAGGAGAUCGCCCCCAAGACGGACAUCCCCAGCCCCCGGAAGGAGUGCAGCGCCUGCGCCAUCGGCUGCAAGGUUUAUGUCACCGGAGGACGCGGGUCCGAGAACGGGGCCUCCAAAGACGUCUGGGUCUACGACACGUUGCACGACGAGUGGUCCAAAGCCGCCCCCAUGCUGGUGGCCCGGUUCGGACACGGCUCCGCCGAGCUGGACCACGCGCUGUACGUGGUGGGAGGGCACACGUCGGCCGCGGGGUCCUUCCCCGCGUCGCCGUCGGUGUCGCUGAAGCAGGUGGAGCAGUACGACCCUCAGACCAACAAGUGGACGCUGGUGGCGCCGCUCAGGGAGGGCGUGAGCAACGCCGCCGUGGUCGGCGCCAAGAACAAGCUCUUCGCCUUCGGCGGCACCAGCGUGAACCGGGACAAGUAUCCCAAGGUGCAGUGCUUCGACCCGUGCCAGAACCGGUGGUCGGUGCCCGCCGCCUGCCCGCAGCUGUGGCGCUACACGGCGGCGGCGGUGGUCGGCAGCCAUGUGGUGGUGAUCGGCGGCGACACGGAGUUCUCGGCCAGCUCCGCCUACCGCUUCAACAGCGAGACCUUCCAGUGGUCCAAGUUCGGCGACGUGACGGCCAAGCGCAUCAGCUGCCACGCCGUGGCGUCGGGCAACCGGCUCUACGUGGUCGGCGGCUACUUCGGCGCGCAGAGGUGCAAGACGCUGGACUGCUACGACCCGUCGACGGACUCCUGGGACAGCGUGACCACCGUGCCCUACUCCUUCAUUCCCACCGCCUUCGUCAGCACGUGGAAGUACCUGUCGGCGUAGAGACGAUCGGCCGUGGAGCCUGGAACGUCGUGUCCGUUCGCCGGGUGCAGAGCAGCAGCAGCAGCAGCAGCAGCAGCAGCAGCAGCAGCAGCAGGAGGAGGAGGAGGAGGAGGAUGGAGAGGAAGGUUUCCGUGAUCCUGCUGUGGCUCCGCGCAACGGCCCGAGACCUGGAAACAGCCCAGAGACCACCUGAUCUGUUGACUUAUCCUCCCUGUGUAACUUUCCCAUGCAAUCAUUUCGCCUGCGCCGGCCUCGUUGCCAUGAACGCCUCACGGCCGUGACCCGCGGUCACUCAGGUGGCACAGACUCCUGCUGCACAGACUCCUGCUGCACAGACUCCUGCUGCACAGACUCCUGCUGCACAGACUCCUGCUGCAAACCCUUAAACUUCAGUCCGUCUGGAGAGAAUUCGCUGCUGCAAAGGCAGGAGCCACGCUCCGCGCAGCCGACUCGCGUGCAUCAUCUCCCCAGCAAACUGCAAUUUAACUGACAUGUAGGAUUUCAAGAGAUAGAGCCGGCUGGUCUUUAUGCGGUCUCUCUUCCAUCCAGAUACAAGCUGUUUACUCAGGUGUAAUUUAUUUUCACGUCUAAUCAGCUGAGUCGGAGCUUUUCUCCGUCAGGCGUGUGUGGAAGGACACAGGACGUUUGGAGAAGUGUAUGAUUUUGUGUACAGAAACAAUCCUCCGCUCUGUAUUUUUAGAUUUUGGACUUGGGCUUCCCUCAAUUUUGGUGAGCUAAAUUUGUAUCUUCCUCCAGGACUUAAAAAUACGGCCUCGCAGGCAGGAAUGUGGCCCAUCACGGCCGAAGAAGACGCGUUCCUCAUUACAUUCAACUGCAAUUUAGCCUUUCGUCGGUUUCGUCUCUCAGGGUCAAGUCGUUCUCUUUUGUCCUUUCUGUUGUGAAAACUUCAGUUGUGAAUGUAUUGUUUUUGUUAUGAAUCAGUUUCAGAACCGGCUUCUUUCCCUCAUUCUUACUUUUUUACAGUUUUGCCAACUGAAAAUAUGGUUUAUGUUUUAUAGCGGUGAUCAUAUUUAAACAUGAAUAUUGCCAAAUCCCGAGUAGCUAACUGUAGGGUUAUUCUAGAGUUAAGUACAAGCUCAGUAUGUGCUAGUAGGUAGCUUUCAGCUGUAAUAUUAUUUUUUUCAUUUCCUGUUGGUGUCUUUAAUGGAAGUCUACUUUGUAUAUUUGUGUUAUUAAUUUGUAGGAGCCUUUGACUUGCACAAUUUGUACAAAGAAAUCUGUUGAUGGUCUUAAUUUUGUAUCGUUGUCUUAACCCAGCUGGGUGGUGUGAAUAAUCGAAGCCUUUUUGUAGCACAUAAUUGAGUUGUUUCGCUUCCAGCAGUCUUUUUUUUCAUAUUCUGAGGUAUUAAGCUAUUACUGAUAACACCAUCUGUUACUUUGCGUUCUGCAGCUCAUAACAAUAAAUGUCAUCUUGUGGAAAACAUCA